AUGGUGCUGCUUGACUACCCCAUUCCUGAGUUGGAGGUCACCCUGCAAGAGACAGGUCGCGUACUCCGGCUCACCCUGGGCCCGGAAAAGUACUCCCAGUAUGAAAGCACUCUUUUCCAGCAGAAGGAGGCACUACAAGAUGCCCAUCGUCGUUUGGCCACUGCCGCCUCAGGCAGUGAGAACUGGGUGACGGAGCAAUUUAAAAACCGACUUCUCCGUUGUGCUGACCCUCUGUCCACCUCCACGGCCAUCCCUGCUGUUCUGCCCCCCUCCAGGGCAAAGAGGGAUGGUGGGCAAGUGGAGAGAGCAGCUGCUUUGCUCUGGGCAGUAGCCAAACUUUACAGCGAGCCACAGCUGGUAGAAGGUGACGAACCAACUGAGCGCACUCAGCAGUCUGAGGUAUUCGCUGCCAGCCGUCUUCCUGGAAAAACUCAGGACCAGAUUAAGGUGAGGUUUGGCCCUCUGGGAGGGAUAUUUCCUGUCCAAAUCCUGUGCCGCCCCUGCCCAGGGGGGCCUUUGUCCCCUCUGCCUUUCCACGAAAUCCACAGCCAGGUGGCGGAGGUGGCUAGCCAGCCGAGAGCUGGGCAAGAACAAGACCCCGCUACUAUCUGCGGCUUCUCCGCCCUACAUCGCCAUACCUGGCAUGCCCUGAGGGAGCAGAUCCUAAAGGAAGGGGGAGCUGCUGCAGCAUCACUGGCACUGAUGGAAAGUGCAGUGCUGGCUGUUUCUCUAGAGGACUGCCACCCACCACCUGAUCUUGCAGAGACCCUCAACGCUGUGGUGAACUUGGUGGUAUUCCAGGAUAGCACAGCAGGCAUGGUGUUUGAGCACUGUGCUCUGGAUGGCAUGGUGGCUGGACUGGUGACUGAAAGUGUGUGGCGUCUCUCUGAAUCUCUCAACAUAAGUAUGUGUAAGCCUCAGGCCUCGCCUACUGGAUCACUUAAAAAUGCCAGCCCCUCUUCUCUGAAGCCCCUGUCUUUCCCUCUUGGAGGCAUAACUAAACCAAACCCUGCUGCCUCUGGUCUCUCCACUCAAGCCACCCAUCCCAUCAUAACCUUUGAGAUUUCCUCCUACCCAGAUAUCUUCACCACGCUUCGGGGUCAUAGGGGCUUAUUUGAUGCAUGGGUCAACUUCUCCUUACAACUUGCACUGAAGCAGACUCUUGGAGAUUCUGCAGCAGGUCACAUCCUAGUCACGCCCACCCACAUGCGACACUACAAACAUGGGCGCUGUGAUCCAACUUACUCUCUCACCACUCGAUCCCGCCAGCUUGUGGAAGCUCUGAUGUCCUGCUCCAAUGCAAGCAACGCCCCUCGUUAUACCAAAGAGCUACUCCGCCUCUUCCACCUUGCUUUCCUGGAGCACAAGCAUCUCAUCAAGACCACCAAGAGUGGUCAAGGUGUAGGCCCUCACUUAGCUGCCCUGCGUUGGGCCUUGGCCCCAGACAACCCUCUCAGAAAGUUCCUGGAUCCCUUUGGCUGUCCGACCAUCUACAUUACAGGAAAAGAUUUGAUGGAAGGGGUGGAGUGUGCGGUAGGAAAUGUAUAUGCUCGUGACCAACUGGCUGUCACUUACCUUGGAAGGAGAGAUCGAGUCCGCCUUGUGCUCAACGGGAAAGGCAGCUUUGCCGGUCUUUUAGGGCAACUUCAGGAGACUCUAACAGCUACCCUGAAGAUAGUGAUGCUCCUGGCCUUGAGGUAUGCUAUUGCUGGACAGAUGGGAGCUCUGGAAUGUCUUCUGCAAGAUGUAGAAGUAGCAAAAGAGAAUGGUAAAGGCAACCAGAGGACGACUCCCUCUGACUCUGCUCAGAAUUCAGACUUCACUCUGGUGAUCCAUGGAGGAGCUGGUGAAGACAUGAUGCUGAAUCAGAAGGUGAUAGAUGUGGUUGAGUUUUCCCUGCAAACAGCCCUAUCCCUAGGGGCACAAGAGCUGGCAAGUGGAGGCAACAGCGUUGAUGCAGUUCAAAAAUGUGUGGCUGCCCUUGAAGACUGCUUCCUGUUCAACGCCGGCAAGGGGUCAGUGUACAACCGAGAAGGCAAACAUGAAAUGGAGGCAACCAUAGUGGACGGCACUGUGAUGAACUCAGGAUCAGUAGCCUGUGUGCGGAGUGUGAAGAACCCAGUGAAGGCAGCCCGGAAAGUCAUGGAGAAGAGUGACCACACCCUGCUGACCGGAGAUGGAGCUGAGGAAUUCUUGGAGGGGCUGGAAGAGAAAGACAAGCCAGUGGAUGCAGAGUACUUCCACACUAAUGUGCGCUUGAAGGAGCUGGAAAUUAAGCAGAGCAAGGGCAAAGCUUCCAAGAACAACCACCCGCAAACUGUAGGAGCUAUUGCCCUGGACCGCUGGGGUAGGCUUGCUGCUGCAACAUCCACGGGUGGGCUAGUGGGCAAAUGGAAAGGGCGUGUGGGGGACACAGCGAUAGUAGGGGCAGGGAUAUAUGCUGACAAGCAGCUGGCAGUGACCUGCUCUGGUGAUGGGGAUGUAUUUCUGAGGCAUACAGUAGCACACAAAGUGGCCAGUCUCUACCACCACAAAGGGUACAGCCUCAGGGAAGCUUGCUGGGAGGUACUGUCUGAGAACCUGGAUGGUACCUGUGCAGGAAUCAUUGCUGUUGAUGCCAAGGGUGAGGCAGUUAUUGAAACAAACGCCGGGGUGAUGUUCACUGCAUCCAUGAUUGGUGGCAUUGCGCAUGCGCAAGUUCUAAGACCUAUGAAGAAUCCUCCUUAUGUGGUCUGGGAGACAGAGAAGCUUGUGGCCUAUUUACACUCUGACCCCUGGACCCCUGGGGCUACCAUCCUAACUCAAAAGACUCACAGUGGGCCCUUCAGCAUCUUCCACCUGCCAGAGCAUGACUAUCUGGCAUUACUCUUGGGGGCACGUGAAGUUGCAAGUCUUCUUUGUGAGCGACUGGGGGUUCUGCGCUGUGCCUUGGUGUUCAAGCCACACCCAGAGCAGCCUGCCACUAUCAGAGUGUUGCCACUGCAUGGACUUGAACCUAACUGGAGGCCCCACCUAGCUGAAGAGGAAGACUUCCAGCCACAUGACCUAGGUUACUGUACCUCAAAGAGUGGCCCACGCUGGGAGGAUGCAGAGCUGGAGAAGAUCCAGGCAAGGAUUAGGGCUCAGCUUCCAUCUCCAAAAGCUCCCCCUAACUAUGCUUUCCUGGGGGAUUCCUCUCAUGACAGCCUAUUCUCCCGCAUUGUACAGGGUGAGGAGAAACAAUGGCGGGUGUGGGAGGACAACAACCAUGUGGCCUUCCUCACUCCUUACCCUAACACACCAGGUCUCACAGUUUUGGUGCCCCGUCGUCCACUGUCCAGUGACAUCUUCAGUCUGGAGGAGAGUGACUACAGGGCACUGGCCCUGGCGACCCGGAAGGUAGCUCAAUUGCUGGAAGAAGGGAUGGGUGUCAGAGGUGUUGCACUAAUCUUUGAAGGCUUUGAGGUUGACUAUGCCCAUGCUAAGCUGAUUCCUCUGCACCCUCCACCUGGAAACUCUCCCACAACCCCACCCCUCCAAUUUUUUCCCACAUACUGUGGAUAUGUUUCCUCUGCUGAUGGCCCCCCUGCAAGCCCAGAGAGCUUGAGCGAGAUGCACACAAAAAUCACACACUGUAGACCACCUCGUUCCUGGGAGAAUCCUCAAGAGCAUGCCUCUCUAGCAAUCAAGAGCCAGUGGUACCGCAACCUCUUUCAAGUACAGAACACCCUCUUCCACGAGACUGUGGAGUUCUUUCAUAGCACCUGCAAGUAUGCAUACGCUCUGACCCCCCUCACCACUGACACCAUCUCCUCACCUAUGGGCCUAGGAUCCGACUCAGAGCCUGUUUUUGUGAACAUGUUGGGGCAGGAUGUGUACUUGGCUGACUCCAUGCAGUUUGUGCUGGAGUAUUUCUUACGUUUUCAAGAGGACUUGCCGGGAGCUUAUUAUGUGUCACCAAGCUUCCGGGGGGAAAACCCUGAUGCCACACACCUGAACCAAUUCUACCAUGUGGAAUGUGAGCUCCUGGGCGAUAUGGAUGCGGCCAUAAGUGUGGCUGAAGGCUAUGUAACCCACCUCACCCGUGCAAUGCUUAAGAGGCAUUCCGACAUCAUCCUCAAGUCAGCCGGAACCCUGUGCCAUAUCCAGGACUUACUGAAGAAGCUGGAUGGUCAAACACCUCUUCCACGAGUCACCCUUGAGGAGGCUAUUCCCAUGAUGCCCUCUGAGGACUGCCUUGAGUGGGUGCAAGAUGGAGAGCCCCAUUUUGGCAGGAAGCUGACUCGCAAAGGAGAGCGGGUUUUGAUCGAAAGGUACGGGGGCGCAGUUUGGCUGAUGGAGAUGGACCACUUAGGGGUGCCAUUCUACCAGGCGUAUGUUGAAGGCUCAGGGAAGCGCAAGGCUAAGGCAGCUGACCUCCUGCUGGGAUUAGGAGAAACCAUUGGGCUAGGGGAACGGCACUCAACCGCUGAAAUGGUGCAAGAGUCCCUGAAGCACCAUGCUGUGCCAGAAGACUCCUACAAGUGGUACAUCAACAUGCGUGAAAUUAAACCCUUGCUCACCAGUGGAUGGGGGAUGGGCACUGAGCGUUUCUUGUGCUGGUUGCUCCAACACAAUGAUGUCAGAGACAUGCACAUCAUACCACGAAUGAAGGCAAAGAAAUACAUGCCAUGAAAGUGAAGAAGCCUUUUCUUCCUGCCCCAAGCACUUGCUCCUGAAAAAUGUAUUUCAGAGACC